AAAUAUAAAGAUAGAGUCUUGUCUCUUAAAAGUGCAUUCGAUCUUUGUGUGUGUGUGUUGCAGAAGGUGGUUAGUAAAAGCAUGGGUUCAUCAUGUUUGAAGCAUGGCAUGGUUAUGUUGGUGGCUGGUGUGUUUUGCUUGUUAACAAGUCCUUCAAUUGGCGAGUUACCAAGAUUCGAACACCAUGCAAAACCAGAAGAAUCUCUUAAUGUUUUGGUCCUUGGAGAUUGGGGAAGAAAAGGAACUCACAAUCAAUCUUUCGUCGCCCAUCAGAUGGGAAUUGUGGGGGAGAAACUAAAUAUAGAUUUUGUGAUCUCCACUGGCGACAAUUUUUACGAAGAUGGGUUAAAAGGGGUUGAUGAUCCAGCAUUCUACGAGUCAUUCGUCGACAUCUACACUGCCCCGAGCUUGCAAAAGACAUGGUACAGUGUUCUGGGUAACCAUGACUAUAGAGGUGAUGUUGAGGCUCAAUUAAGUCCCGUUCUAAGACAAAAAGAUAGCAGAUGGCUUUGCCUGAGAUCUUUUAUUCUCAAUGGAGAAAUUGUGGAAUUUUUCUUUGUGGACACGACUCCAUUUGUAGAGGAGUACUUUACGGACCCAAAAGAGCAUACCUAUGACUGGGAUGGUGUACUUCCUCGCGCAACUUACCUUUCAGAACUCUUGAAGGAUGUUGAUUCAGCUUUGGUUGAAUCAAAGGCAAAAUGGAAGAUGGUGGUGGGUCAUCAUACCAUCAAUAGUGCUGGACAUCAUGGUAACACCGAAGACCUCAAACAAUUGCUCGUUCCUAUCUUAGAGGCAAACAAUGUUGAUGCAUACAUAAAUGGACAUGACCACUGCCUGCAGCACAUAAUUGACAAAAACAGUGGAAUUCACUUUCUAACAAGUGGAGGUGGAUCAAAGGCAUGGUCAAGCGAUGUCAAGCCGUGGAACCUGGAAGAACUUAAGUUGUAUUAUGAUGGACAAGGUUUCAUGUCUAUGCAGAUCACCAAAAGCAACGUAGAUAUCGUAUUUUAUGAUGUUUAUGGCAACACUUUGCAUACAUGGAGCAUAUCCAAAGACCGUAAUGUAGCAGCAUGGAUAUAAUAAGCUAAAAGUGUGUAAAUUUACUAUUUGUGAUACAAAGGCAAAAGAAAAAGAGCAUCUAGAAAGUGUUAAUGAGCUUUCAGUCUGUAAUAUUGCACACAAACUCGUGCAACAGAUAUUUGAGAAACAAAUGUGUACAGUAAUUUGUAGUGUUUGCAACUA